AAUGACGCGGACGUAUUUUAAAUUUGAUUAAACAUAAUACAGUCAAGGAAAUCAUUCACAGAUAACACGUGUGUGAGUGUUAUGAAUUUGAUAACGUGUGUAAAUAAAAGAUAAAAUGAACGGAGUGUAACGAAUGAACGAUACAUUUAUAGCAGUAAGUUUAAAGCAAUUACGUCGCGACGCGAAUAACGAUAUGUUAUUCAAUAAAUACACAUGAAUCACGUAUCAUAUGUUAAUUGUGAAAUAUCAAAGAAGUGAAUUAAGAUAUCAACAUGGAUUUAACUACAGCAAAAGCAAUAUCCAUGUUAGUGUUAGGUUUGGGAAGUUUCAUAGUGGGUAUGAUUCCCGCUUGCAUAUCACAGAAUGCAAGACAAAGACAUCCCCUAUUAAUCUCCUGCUUACUCUGCUUCGGCGGUGGCGUUCUUCUUUCAACUUCUCUAUUACAUAUGUUGCCAGAGGCAAGGGAGAACUUACCGGAUUAUGCCGAUUUGUUACUGUGUGCGGGUUUCUUUCUCGUAUAUGUUGUAGAUGAAAUUGUUCAUUUCUUUUACGGUACUAAGGAAAGUGAAAGAGGUCAUAUGAGAAAUUAUGGAACAGUGGAGGAGACGAGUCUUCUAGUGACUAGAUCAGGGGACGCAGAGAUGAGGGAGCGAUGCUGCGGGGAUUCGGGGAAUCCGAGGAUGUGUCACGUGAGUCACACGGAACCGUGCAAUAAGAGUUCGUCUGGAAUUAUCGGUUUAUUAUGUGCAUUGUUCGUGCACAGUUUAUUGGAAGGAUUGGCAAUUGGUUUGCAAGAAACUGUUUCUCAGGUUCUGCUUCUCCUCGGCGCAGUGGCGAGCCACAAGUUCGUGGUGGGCUUCUGCCUGGGCGCCGAGCUGUGCGCGAGCGCGGCGGGGCGCGUGUGCGCGCACGUGGCGUGCGUGGCGCUGUUCAGCGGCGGCUCGGCGGCCGGCAUCGCUCUGGGUGCCGUUUUGGAUAACGUCAGCGUGUUCAAUAAUUCUGUGGCUGUGCCUAUUAUGCAGUCGCUCGCAGCGGGGACUUUACUGUACGUCACUGUAAGCGAAGUGUUACCGCGCGAGCGAGCGCGCUGGCAUGAGCGGAAGCGUGGAGCGGGUAUGGCGCAAUUCGUCGCCGUAGCCGCUGGCUUCGCUUUAAUGUACCUGUCGACGAUGUAUCUGGAUCACGAUGCUGCAUAAUUAUUAUAUUACAAAAUUGUAAAAGUUUUAUAUAUAUAGUAUCUUGGACAUAGCACUUAGCAGAGAAGGAAUAAGGCCUGGUAUUGAUUAGAUAUAAAAUUAUAAUAAAAAAUGGAAUACUUGACAA